AUGGCAUCGACCCCUUCUGUGCCGCCGGCAUUUGGGUUGCGGCUGCGGAAGUCGGAUGUGGAUUUCCGCCCAACGGCGCUUCUCCGUCGGAGGGUUUUGAUUCGCGGCAGCGAUUGUAGAAUUUUAUACUGCUGUUCCGGCAAGGUAGUGCCGAUCCGGAGAAUUGCUAAUGGGUCGGGUCGUAAAGGUGGGAGUAAUGCCGAGGAAUGGCCGAUUGAGUUGAAGAAGAAGAGCCACAAAGUCCGAGUACAAGCUGCUCCCGCAUUACCCUUUGCAUCAUCACAAUCUCUGAAUCCUUCAAGACAAGAGAAGUUCUUUCCACGCUGCACCACAAGAAAUUCCGGGCCUCAAUCUCGUGACACUCCACCAAAAAGAGACACUGGUAUUGCAAACGAGAAGGAUUGGGGCAUCAGUUUGAGUGAACAUGUGAAUGAAUCUGGAACCAAUGUGGAUGGUAGUUCAUGGUACAGAGAAAGCGGAGAAGACUUGGGUGAAAAUGGAUUCAGAUGUAGAUGGACAAAGAUGGGUGGUAAAAGUGACGAUGGCUCUUCAGAAUGGAAAGAAACGUGGUGGGAGAAAAGUGAUUGGAGCGGAUACAAAGAACUAGGUGUUGAGAAAUCCGGAAGAAAUUCUCAAGGGGAUUCAUGGUGGGAAACAUGGCGAGAAGCUCUUCACCAAGACGAAUGGAGUAAUUUAGCAAGGAUUGAAAGAAGUGCACAAAAGCAAGCAAAAUCAGGCAUAGAAAACGCGGGUUGGUAUGAGAAUUGGUGGGAGAAAUAUGAUGCCAAGGGUUGGACUGAAAAAGGAGCACAUAAAUAUGGUAGACUAAAUGAACAAUCAUGGUGGGAGAAAUGGGGAGAACAUUAUGAUGGAAGAGGAUCUGUUUUAAAAUGGACUGAUAAAUGGGCUGAAACUGAACUUGGAACGAAAUGGGGAGACAAAUGGGAGGAGAAAUUUUUUGCGGGUAUCGGCUCUCGUCAAGGAGAAACAUGGCAUGUAUCCCCUGCUGGUGAACGUUGGUCAAGGACAUGGGGGGAAGAACACUUGGGAAACGGCAGAAAGGUGCACAAGUAUGGGAAAAGCACAACGGGUGAAAGUUGGGAUAUUGUUGUAGAUGAGGAAACUUAUUACGAGGGGGAACCACAUUAUGGAUGGGCUGAUGUUGUUGGUGAUUCAAGUCAACUGUUAUCGAUCCAACCACAAGAGAAACCACCGGGUCAGGGUGUGUACCCGUAUCUUGAUUUUGGUUCUUCUUCAUUAUCACCUCCUAAAGAUGACCCUUCUUCACCUUCAUCACCACCUUGACAGUGAUUCAAACCUCAUGUUGACUUUUUUGUUUCAUUAUUUUCAUUUUUGGUGUUAGAUUUGUUGCCCAAUUGUAUUUCUUCUUUCAUAGACAUAUUGUUCAUUCAUUUGAUAUUGGUUGGGUAGUUUAGGUAUUUUAUGUUUAAGCCUUUUUGCAACUAAGAGUAAUGCAUGGAUCAUGCCCACAAAGAUUGGUCCGGGAGAAGUUUGAUGAUCUUACGCAUAACCGGACCCUUAAUGGGCCUUAGCUGGUUUAUAAUCGGGUUUUGGGCCUACACAUUCCAAUAAGUGUAUCUUGAGUUCAUGGACCUGUGCCUUAACCGGGCCUGGUUGUAAAAAGGUACAACCCGUGUUACCGCUCUUUAUUUAACCGGUUCUAGACUUCUAGUCUUCUAGACCUUGCCUAUUUUAAACGAAUUUAACUUUUUCAUCUUUUAUAAAAUGUAAAAAUUGAAAAAAGUAGAUAUUUAACCAAACCCUUGAUGGGGACUUAGUAGCCAACCCAUUUUAGUGGAACUUUAGCCGAAAUGCAUUUUGAAAAAUGUGACAUGUAAUUGGUCGAGUCUGGUCCAAAAUAAGUUAUUAUGUUUUUGUUACGAUCUCUUAUACUUGAAACUUUAAGCAUUCAUAAUGGGAGUUGAAUAAGAUUCAAUAAAAUAAAAUUAAAUAAAAAAUAAAAAAGAGACGGUUGACUUUAUUGUAUUGAAACAAUCAAGAGACAUUUUAGUGUAAAAUUUUGGCUUUAAAAGAUGAAAGAUG